UAUAUGUCUUGGGUCGUCUUCACGCUGCCUGCACACGGCACGUAUAAGCAUUCUGCACACAGUACUAUACGUAACAGUUGCAUGUAACACACCCAUAGGCGCACAGUACAGGAAAAGUUCUUCAUUCAAAAUGGCGUACCUACGUACCGUGUGCACCAGAUUUCUCUUGCUCGCCAUCCUGACAAACUUUCUUGCGAUCACGGUUGCAAGCUUGACCAGGGACCCGAGGGAAAUACACGAACACGAGGAUGAUGACGACUACGUGGAAAUUGGAAAUUAUCUUUUGGAGGUUGAGCUGGCGGAUAUGAGAGAGGAAUUCGAUUUUUUGAAUAAUCCGGAACAGAAUGUGACGUUUGAUCAAGUUGUUAGUUUGGUCGAAAUAGUUUUCGGACGGAUCAAUUGUGAGCAACGGGUCGAUAACUGUUCUAAGUGCCAACAUGACUUCACAUCUGACGUCUUUUCCAGCCUCGAUAUCGACGUUGCCGACGGACUCGAUGACGCCGCGUUUCUCCGUGCUAGUCCCUUAUUCCUCUUCGGAGCGUACGAGAUGGUGGUGGUAUGCCAGGCCGGUCGUGGCGGCACAGAUCUCACUGAAAGUGUGGUGAUGGCGUCACUCAAGAUGGCGGCACCUGAUUCGUCUAACUUGACCUUGACUGAGAAUGACCUGGAAGUAAUCUUGGAAUCGAUCCAUGACAGCUAUGCCGAGUCAACGAACGCGAAGUGCUUUAGCGUUGAAUCUGUCUUCGACGAAACCGUGAAUGACCACGAAGCAGGGGCUGACGAUGACGAGCUCCAGUAUGCGGCGCAGGCCGUGGUCGCCGGUCUACUACAAGGGUACUGCAUAGGAGAACCCAUUCUGCCCUCGACCACGGACUUCACCGAGGCAAUUUUCGACACGUAUGCGACCUUGGGCGUUAUUCCAGAGGAAGGUGAGCAUAAGAGAAUACGACGAUCGUAG